AUGAACUUGUUGGGAAGAAAGGUGUGGAUCGGGCCCAAUGGCAUAUGGGCUAGGGCUCCAUUAGAUGCGUACACGGGUGCAUACGUCACGUGUGGUUGCAAAGGAGGGAGCGAAUGGAUUUGCUCCAAGGUUGUACGGCGAUGGAAGCCACAGGGUCAUGUAGCUACAAAGAGGUACCGACUAUGGGGCCUUGAGCUGGGACAACACCGGCCAUGUGGCCAUGAGGGAGGUUGGUACCAAUUUAGUGAUGUUACGAACCAGCGGCGGUGGUUGAUAAGCUUCUGGAGGUGGUUGGAUGGCAUGGGCAGCCACAGGGGGCUGCUGGAACUCACUAGAGGGUUGCUAGAACUCACUAGGGGGUUGUUGGAACGUGUUGGCAAUUGUGGGAGGCUACUCCAAAACGCUGGCAGUAGUUGUACCUCGCGGUGGCAACAAGGUUUCGGUCGUUCUAGAGUGCGCCGUCACGAUGGUUUAGCUCCUGGGACAUUUGCUUCCAACCAUGGUUGUUUGAAAGGCUUCGAUGGAUUGGAAAAUAGGAGGAAAGGAUUCCUUGAGCUCGUGUUGAGUAUAACUCGCACUCUCAAUGAAAGCACCAAUUUGUGGGAGCGAUUUUCGUCCCACGAGAAUAUUCGUCUAAGAUUCCGUCUUCCUCUUCGAUUCUCUUUCUCCCUGCAAAACAAUACGGAGUAA